GCACACAGAUAGACAUACGAAUAAUACAUGUGAACUGACCACCACGAAAUUAAGGCAGUGACCUUAUUAAUUAGAUAGACAAAGGGGAUAGAUAGUAUCAGCAUUGUGUGUGGAUUUUUUUUUAAGGUGAGGGUAGAAGAAAUGGGGAGAGGAAAAGUGGAGUUGAAGAGAAUCGAAAACAAGAUUAAUCGACAAGUGACUUUCUCCAAGAGAAGAAAUGGUUUGAUGAAGAAAGCUUAUGAACUCUCCGUUCUCUGUGAUGCUGAAGUUGCUCUCAUUGUUUUCUCUAGCCGCGGCAAGCUUUAUGAGUUCUCCAGCUCCGGCAGUAUGACUGCAACCCUCGAGAAGUACCAGCGUUGCAAUUUAAAUCCAAUGGCCAACAGCAUCGGAACUGAAACACAGAAUUGGUGCCAGGAGGUCUCACUUCUAAAUGCAAAGUAUGAAUCCCUGCAACGCACUCAAAGGCAUUUGCUUGGAGAGGAUCUUGGACCAUUGAGCUUGAAAGAACUGCAAAGUCUUGAGAAACAGCUGGAAGGGGCUCUUGGACAAACAAGGCAUAGAAAGUCACAGGUAAUGGUUGAACAGAUGGAGGAGCUUCGCAGGAAGGAACGUCAUCUUGGAGAUGUGAACAAACAGUUGAAAAUCAAGCAAGAGUCAUCAGGAGUGCAUGAGUAUAGGGGUCUUCCAUGCCCAUGGGGUACUGGCUUACCUAUGCAUCAGCAGCAUGCACAAUCUUCUCACUCAAAUCCCAUGCUCUCUGAUCAUGAACCAGCUCCUCUCUUACAAAUAGGGUAUGAGCAACAGUAUGUUCAAGGUGAAGGAUCGUCUGACAUUCCACCAAACAACAAUAUUGCUGGUGAAAGUAACGUCACCUAUGGCUGGGUUCUUUGAUAUACAUAUAUAGCUAUCUUUUUACCUACUCAACCUCAUACGUAUAUAUAGAGGGUUUGAUAUUAUUUGAGUGAUAAGAUCUUGAUGAGACACUAUUUUUUUGUAAAGUACAAGGGAUUGCAGACUUGCAAUAUGGGUUGGUAUUGUAUAUUUUGCUUGCUGAGAGUAGCUUUGCAUAGUCCGACUGCAUGUAGUACUCUUGGUCUUCAAUGAAACUUUUGAUUUUAAGCUAAUAUAAAGUUAAGAUCUCUUUUGGGUGCAAUA